CUCUCUCUCUCUCCGUCUCAGAGUGAACGAGUGUGUGGAUGAGAAGGACACUGAUACAGGGGUCACUCAUGUUGACUCCAUGGCAAUACCGCAGGACAGUAUUCGGACCCGGAGACGUUCCAGCUCAGAGAUGUCCCGAUCCACCUUCAGCCUGGUCCGACAACUCUCCAGUCUAGACGCCCGCAGGCCCAGCUCUCCGCUGGUUGAUGUGAAACCCAUUGAGUUCUGGGCAAUGGGCCCCAGGAAGGAGGUGAUCCAGCCGCUGCGUCGACCCCAGCCCCCUCCGGAUGACUACUUCAGGAAGUUGGAGCCAAACCUCUACUCUCUGGACUCAUCCGGAGACGACGUGGACUCGCUAACGGACGAGGAGAUUCUGCUACGAUACCAACUGGGCAUGCUCCACUUCAGCACACAGUAUGACCUAAUCAACGGCCACCUGGGCGUUAGGGUCAUUGAGGCUCGCGACCUGCCCCCACCUCUGACCUGUGAUGGAGCCCGCCAGGACAUGGCCCACUCCAACCCAUACGUCAAGAUCAGCCUGCUGCCGGACCACAAGAACUCCCGGCAGACGGGGGUGAAGAGGAAGACACAGAACCCGGUGUUCGAGGAGCGGUUCACCUUUGACCUUCUGUUCCUGGAGGCCCAGCGCCGCACCCUGCUGCUGUCUGUGGUCGACUUCGACAAGUUCUCACGACACUGUGUCAUCGGCAAGGUGGCGCUGCCUCUGAGUGAGGUUGAUCUGGUGAAAGGUGGUCAUUGGUGGAAGGCCCUGGUACCUAGUUCUCAGAAUGAGGUAGAGCUGGGAGAGCUGCUGUUAUCACUCAACUACCUGCCCUCUGCUGGAAGACUCAACGUUGACAUCAUCAGAGCGAAGCAGCUGCUGCAGACAGACAUGUGCCAGGG